AUGUCAGAAGUUUUAUACGUUACACAACAAAUUAGACUGUUAUUACCAAAAGCUUUAGUUAAAUAUUUCAAAUUAGAUAUUAAAUUAUCUGAUAAAGAUGAUUCUUAUCAUAAAUAUUUCACUUUAAAUAAAAUUCCUGCUUUUAUUGGUAAAAAAGGUUUUAAAUUACAUGAAAUUAUUGCAAUUGUUAUUUACUGUAUGUAUUAAAAGAUUCAAUUGAGUUGCUUUUAAAUGAUGAGAAAGUUUUUUUAUAUUUAUACAGUUAUCCCUGUCUUAAUAAAUUAUGUCGAGGAUUUUUAAUCUGAAAAAUAGAGCAAUUAUUAAAUAUUAAGAAUCUAUACUAACAAAAUUGUGAUUAGUAAUUAAUGAAGCUGAACCAAAUUCAAAAUUAUUAGGUAAAAAUGGUGCUGAAUAUGCUCAAAUUUUAAAAUGGUUAUCUUUUGCAAAUACUGAAUUAAUGCCAACUGAAGCUAAUAUUUUUAAACCAUUAACUGGUCAAUCACCUUUUAAUAAAAAACAAAUUGAUGAUAAUUCACAAUAUUUAACCAAAAUUUUACAAGUUUUUGAAUCAAGAUUAAUUGAAUUUACUUAUUUAGUUGGUGAAAGAAUUACUUUAGCUGAUUUAUUUGCUACAACUUUGUUUGUUAGAGGUUUUGAUUUCUUGUAUGGUGAAGAAUGGAGAAAACAAUAUCCAGGUAUUACAAGAUGGUUUAAAACAAUUAUUAAAUCACCCAUUUUAAAUGAAUUUUUAGGUGAUUAUAAAUUUAUUGAUAAACCAGUUGAAGCACCAAAGAAAGAAAAGAAAGAAAAAGUUAAAGAACCAAAACAGCAAUCUGUAGCUAAAAAAGAAGCUAAACCAGAUAAAGAAGUUUCAGAAGAACCACCAGCUGCACCAAAACCAAAACAUCCAUUAGAAGCUUUAGGUAAACCAAAAACACCUUUAGAUGAAUGGAAAAGAGUUUAUUCAAAUGAAGAAACUAGAGAAACUGCUAUUCCAUGGUUUUGGAAAAAUAUGUAUGAUCCAGAAGAAUGGUCAUUAUAUAAAGUUGAUUAUAAAUAUAAUGAUGAAUUAACUUUAACAUUUAUGUCAAAUAAUUUAGUUGGUGGAUUUUUCAAUAGAUUAUCAGCAUCAACUAAAUAUAUGUUUGGAUGUAUGGUUGUUUAUGGAGAAAAUAAUAAUAAUGGUAUUACAGGUGCUUUCUUAGUUAGAGGACAAGAUUAUAAACCAGCAUUUGAUGUUGCACCAGAUUGGGAAUCAUAUGAAUUUACAAAAUUAGAUGGCUCAAAAGAAGAUGUUCAAAAAUUUGUUAAUAAUAUGUUAGCAUGGGAUGAACCGGUUGUUGUUAACGGUGAAUCAAGAGAAAUUGCCGAUGGUAAAGUAUUUAAAUAGAUUUUGAGUACUUGACUGUUUAUAUAUUUAAUUGUAUAAUUCAAUAGUAUAUUGUUAUAUCGUCUAUUUAUUGUAAAUUGUACACUACCCCUGGACGUUUCAUCAACACGUUAAAAAUAGAACGAAAAAAAUGAAUAACAAUUGAUCCGAAGUUCUACAAAGAAGGAUGGUUUAUUAUAAGAAUUAUUAUAUAAAUUAUAUACGAAGAAGACCCUUGGCAUUAAUAGCUCCAAUUUCAUUAAUAUUAAUCAUAUAUUUUUAUUUCUUUGCAUCUUCAACUUCAUUUAAAAAACAAAAUAAAUAUGAUUAUAAUAAGAAAUCAAAUUCAUGGUUUAAUUAUAAUAAUAAAAAUAAAGAUUCAAUUAUAUUAAAAAAUUUACCAAAUAAUCAUAUAAGUCAUUACGAUUUAAAUAAAUUAACUGUUUCACCAAAUGCUUUAAUGAACAGAGAAGAAAUUUUAAUUUUGACUCCAAUGUCAAGAUUUUUAUCACAAUAUUGGGAUAAUUUACUAAAAUUAGAUUAUGAUCAUUCUUUAAUAAGUUUAGGUUUUAUAUUUCCAAGAACCAAAGAAGGUGAUGAUGCUUUAAAAUCUUUGGAACAUCAAUUAAAAAAGAGUCAAAAUGAAAAAAAAUUGAAUUUUAAAAAAAUUACAUUAUUAAGACAAGAUUCAAAUAGUUUAGAAUCUCAAUCAGAAAAGGAUAGACAUGCUUUAUCUGUACAAAAAGAAAGAAGAUCAAUGAUGGCAUUAGCAAGGAAUUCAUUAUUAUUUACAACAAUUGCACCGUCAACUUCAUGGGUUUUAUGGUUAGAUUCAGAUAUUGUUGAAACACCAACAAGUUUAAUACAAGAUUUAACAGCACAUAAUAAACCUGUAUUGUCAGCAAAUGUUUAUCAAAAGUAUUAUGAUGAUGCAAAUAAAUUAAAUAUUAGACCAUAUGAUUAUAAUAAUUGGGUUGAAAGUGAUGAAGGAUUAAAAUUAGCUAAUAAUAUGGAUGAUGAAGAAAUAAUAGUCGAAGGAUAUGCAGAAAUGGCAACAUAUAGACCAUUAAUGGCUCAUUUUUAUGAAGAAAAGGGUGAUGUUAAUACAGAAAUGCAGUUAGAUGGUGUUGGAGGUGGAACUGUAUUAGUUAAAGCUGAUGUUCAUAGAGAUGGAGCAAUGUUUCCAUCUUUCCCAUUCUAUCAUUUAAUAGAGACAGAAGGUUUUGCUAAGAUGGCAAAAAGAUUAGGAUAUGAAGUAUUUGGUUUACCAAACUACUUAGUUUAUCAUUUUAAUGAAUAG